ACUUUUUGAGGAAGACUUUUUUUUACAAAAAAAUUAUCGGAUAGUCAUCGAUCUUGAUUUUCCAAACAGGCUAAUUUGUCUUAUAAUCAAUUUUAAUACUAUUAUUUUUAAAUAUGUACAUUAGCGCGCAUGUGAUGGAAUUAGUGCUAUUUUUUUCAAUGUUUACCUCCUCGUUUUUUAUCAAAUUUUUAUCACCCGCCGUCCUGUAAUGACGUUGACUUGAAUUUUUUCUUGUUUUUUCAACACCGAGGAAUAAUUGGUUUAAAUAAGCUCGUGUAGCAAACUCUCCACCCUUUGAAUAUAUAUUUUUUCACUUCAUUAAUUCUAGAAUGGUGGCUAUCGCAAGGUUUCUGAGGCCAUUUGUGAUCAGGUCAUGUCGGAGAGGGAUGGCGACAGACUUACAGAGUGGUGUAGUUUUUAAGGAAGAUGGCAAGAUCGGUAUUGUCACUCUUAACAAUCCGAAGACCUUAAACGCCUUAAAUUAUUGCAUGGUUGACCAGAUAUACGACAGACUCGUGAAAUGGGAGGAUACCAUGGAAAUGGUAUUGGUCGAAGGGACAGGCAGGGCAUUCUGCGCUGGUGGAGAUGUUGUCAAUGUGACAAAGAACUUUCCCAAAAGUGUUAGAGAAGGCCAACAAUUCUUCCAGAGAGAGUAUAAUUUGAACUAUCUAAUUGCAAAUUUUAAAGUACCGUUUAUAGCUUUAAUUAAUGGCAUUACGAUGGGCGGAGGAGUGGGUUUGAGCAUUCAUGGGAAGUAUAGGAUUGCGACAGAUAAGACGAUGUUCGCCAUGCCUGAGACUGCGAUCGGAUUAUUUCCUGAUGUGGGCGUAACACAUUUCCUGUCCAGGCUGCCUGGCGGUGUCGGCAUCUAUCUCGGUCUCACUGGACACAGGUUGAAUGGACUCGAAUGCGUAUACCAUGGAAUUGCCACCCAUUACCUGGAUAGUAAAGAUGUACCGAAAUUGCGUGACGCUCUCGUCAACAAUAAAAUCAGAGCGAAAAACCUAGAUGAAGAUCUGCUUAAGUUUACAAGCGAUAUGAAAUCUUGUCCUAAACCCAUAAACGAAAUGCCAGCAUUGGUUGAUCAGAUUUUUGUCCUGCCUACUGUAGAGGAAAUUUUCAAAGCACUCGAGAAAGAAGGUUCAGGCUGGUCUUUAAACACAUUAAAAACUUUGAGGAAAAUGUCUCCUACUGGUUUGAAAUUGACGUUAAAGGCAAUAAAGGAGGCAAGGACCAAAACUGUCAAAGAAGUUCUUCAAACCGAUUACAGACUUGCUACUGCAGCAUUGAAAGGAGCUGUUUCAAAAGACUUUUAUGAAGGUGUUAGAGCUCUGCUUGUCGAUAAAGACAAAAAUCCUAAAUGGAAUCCUUCCUCGUUGAAAGAAAUCACUGAUGAAAUGGUCGAAAAGUGCUUUGAUAAAUGUCACGACAACGAAUUAGAGCUAUAGAUCUGUUAAAUUGAAAACAAAAAUAGCAAAUUUAAAAUUGCCUACUGCUUUAAAUUACCAGUGAGAUAUUUUUGAGAAAUAUUUUAUUAUGACAGUUUGUUAAUAAAAGUGUAAAAAAAUAA